UGCCUCAGGGCUGCUGGAGGUGCAGGCAUGAAAAAAAAUCCAGCGGAGGCUACAGGAAGAGGGUCGGCAGUUUAAGAUGGCUGCUGUCGGCGUCGAGGUGUGUUAAAGAGUCGCUUGGGGAGAAGCUUGGCUUUUUUGGAGUGUGUGUGGGGGAGACUUCAGGGAGAAACUUUUCUCCUCCUCCCUUCUCUCCCCACCCAGAGGCAAUUGCUUUCUUCAGCUACAUGGACUGAGGGGGCACCCCCCCCCAUUCAGCUCUAUAUGGAGAGCCUGGAGGAAACCCCUUUUAGCCAGUAUGUGAGCAGGAAGGUCAAAGGCAGAGAGAAAGUUAAUAAUGCCUGCUAAUGGUGCUAACAAUUCAGGAUGAAUCUUGUCAAAAGUUUCUCUGGAAGUGUGGGUCUUUGAUUGUGUUUCCCGAAAGCAAGACCAAUCAUUUCCGUUUAUUCACUGGCUAAACCCCUACUUGAUUGGGGACAAGGACAGAAACCAUCCAUUACGAUCUGAUAUAUUAUCCAAACAAUUUAGUGUAUUCAUGAGGUAACUGAAACGUGGGGGCUGCGAAAUUACCCGUAAUCAAUUGCAACAGCGAGUGUGCGUCCCCCCCGGGUGUCGGACAACCACAACUCGGCCGCCUCAGUCACAGGCGGAGCCGCAGCGUUUCGGACGGAGUUGCGCGCUGUUCGCUACCUGAUCGCCAGGCUGGGGACACUGGACGUGCUCAGAGGACGCGGGCGCUGACGAGGCGGCCUCGCCACUGCUCCACCGGGAUCCUGGACCAGACCGGCCGCCUCUCUUCUAGCGCGCCACUCUCCGGUCGCCGCUGACCCUCCGCGGCUGCCGAAGCCACCCCGCGGGGACAUUCAUUCUCUCGGGCGAAGGAGCUUAGGGGCUGCGUUGUAGGGGUUUUGUACCCUUCUGCCUCUUUUUCCUACCCCCUCCCCCUUUUCUUCUUUUCUGUGUUGUUUUGCCUAUGUUCGGGAAACCAGACAAAAUGGACGUCCGGUGCCACUCGGACACCGAGGCCGCCAGGGUCUCGAAGAACGCGCACAAGGAGAGCAGGGAGAUCAAGGGCGCCGAGGGGAGCCUUCCGGCCGCCUUCCUCAAGGAGCCGCAGGGCGCCUUUUCGGCGUCUGGCGCUUCGGAAGAUUGUAACAAAAGUAAAUCCAAUUCCUCUGCAGACCCGGAUUACUGUCGCCGGAUCCUAGUCCGAGAUGCCAAGGGGUCUAUUCGAGAAAUCAUCCUGCCCAAGGGCUUGGACCUGGACCGGCCCAAGAGGACACGCACGUCCUUCACGGCGGAGCAGCUCUACAGGCUGGAGAUGGAGUUCCAGCGUUGCCAAUAUGUGGUGGGCCGGGAGAGAACCGAGCUGGCUCGGCAGCUCAAUCUUUCUGAGACCCAGGUGAAGGUCUGGUUCCAGAAUCGGCGAACCAAGCAGAAGAAGGACCAGGGCAAGGACUCCGAGCUGCGCUCGGUGGUGUCAGAGACCGCCGCCACGUGCAGCGUGCUGAGGCUGUUGGAGCAGGGCCGCCUGCUGUCGCCGCCCGGUCUGCCUGCCCUGCUGCCGCCUUGUGCCACCGGCGCUCUCGGCUCGGCGUUGCGCGGGCCCAGCCUCCCGGCCCUGAGUGCUGGCGCUGCCGCGGGCUCGGCCGCAGCGGCCGCGGCCGCCGCUACUGCCCCGGGGCCCGCAGGCGCAGCGUCUCAGCACCCGCCAGCUGUGGGCGGCACUCCCGGGCCGGGGCCUGCAGGGCCCGGGGGACUGCACGCGGGAGCACCAGCUGCCAGCCACGGUCUCUUCAGUCUGCCGGUGCCGUCGCUCCUAGGCUCUGUUGCCAGCCGCCUGUCCUCCGCCCCGUUGACGAUGGCUGGUUCGCUAGCCGGGAAUUUGCAAGAACUUUCAGCCCGGUACCUGAGCUCCUCCGCCUUCGAGCCUUACUCCCGGACCAACAAUAAAGAAGGGGGCGAGAAAAAAGCGCUGGACUGAUUUUAAGUGUUAUCCUGUAUUUAUAUUUAUAACAUCUAUUGUGGUGGUAUUUAUGAACUCGCGCGCUUAGGCGCCCAGUGCUCCUGCGCUGGCCUUCCAGGCCCCCACUAGGCCUCUGACUCCU